AUGGCUGGAAGUGCCGGAGGCCUCUCCCCUCCCUUCCCUCUGCCAAUCCUGGUGGGCAAAACCGGCAACGGGAAAAGCGCGACGGGAAACACAAUCCCGGGAAAACAAGACUUUGAAUCCAAGAUGGCUUUUGGUUCCAUCACCAAAAAUUUGCAAAAGGGGGGAGACCCAGCUGAAUGGCAGGAAGGUGGUGGUCGUGGAUAUUCCUGGAUUUCUCGAUACCAGGCGUCCCAAGUGAGAAACGGCCAACGAAGUGAGCAGGUGAUUCGUCCUGCCCAUUUCACCAAAGAGGAGGAGGACGUGGCUUGCUUGAUUAAGGAGAUCUUCAGCCUGAAGGCCAAGAAUUACAUGAUCCUCUUGUUCACCCGGAAAGAGGACCUGAAAGAUACGACUCUGGAGAAAUUCAUCGCCAACAGAAACUCCACGCUUAAGGAUCAGGUGUCCAGGUGUGGGUACCGCUACCUGGCUUUUAACAACAAGUCCAAAGGGACUUCCUGGGCGGGACCUUGCUGA